UUCCUCCCUGCUGUCUUCUUCUUCUACAAGGGGGACGCCAAGACGGAGGAAGAGGAAGAAGAGGAGGAGGAGGAAGACGACGGCAGCCAGGCUCACCCCUUCAACUCACUUCAAAAACGGACGGCAGCGAAGAGAACACCUGCUCCCUCCUCAACGCCUCUCCUCGGUUUUCCCCGCCUCAGAAUGCGGAGGACCCACCUGCUCUGCACGGUGAUUCUUGGGGGCGUCCUGACCCUCGCUGCCUUGCAUUGGCACCUCGCCCGCAUGGAGCCCCAGUGGGUCCCCGAGCCCUGUCCCUGCUGCGCCACCUUCCAGCCCCCGGCGCUCGCCAACGGCACCACCCUGAGCGACGGCACCUUCACCUACCACCUCAACCUGGACAUCUACAACGACCUCUUCCCUGAACUGCAGCGAUAUCAGUGCCGGGAGCUCACCUGCGAGCAGGGCUGGUGCCGGGAGGCCUCCGCCGCCCCGCUGCUUCUCCUGGCCAUCAAGUCCCACCCAGGGUCCAGCACAAGGAGGGCGGCCCUGCGGCGCACCUGGGCGCGGCCGAGGGAGGUAGGGGGCUUCCGGCUUCGGCACGUGUUCCUGAUGGCCAUGUCGCCCAGCCAGAAGCAGAUGAACCUGGCGAUGGAGGAGAACGAUGAGUUCGGGGACAUCCUGAUGUGGGAUUUCACAGAGUCGCACCACAACCUCUCCCUGAAGGAACGCUGCUUCCUGCAAUGGGUGCACACCAGCUGCCCGGGUGUGGCCUACAUCUUCAAAGGGGACGAUGACCUCUUUGUGAACCUGCCGGCGCUGGCUGAGUACCUGGCUCAGACCCCCAACGCCUCCCGCUUCAUCCACGGGAACAUCCAGCUCCACUCGGCCGUGAUGCGGGUCGGGAAGUACGGCGUCUCCACUGCACUCUACCCGCAGCGAUACUACCCCAACUUUGCCUCUGGAGGGGGCUUCGUGGUGCCGGGCCCCCUCAUCCCCGCCCUGCACCAGGCCUCCCUGGAGCUCCCCGUCUUCCCCCUCGACGACGUCUACAUGGCGUUCCUAACUCUGGCCGCCGGGAUCCCCCACCGCCACGACAAGCGCUUCAAAGUUUGGGGCAUCCCCAAGGACGACAUCGCGUUGUACCGGGAGGCCCUGACGGUGCACGGGAUCUCGACGGAAAGGAUGGAGGAAGUGUGGCAGGAACUCCGGGUCAGCUGAGUGGCGGAGGCUGGUCUGUGCCUGAGCCCCUGGGGCGGAAGGCAGAGGGGGGCCAGCCUCCCUUGCGUUCCCGAGCUAGACUGCCUGCUCCCAGGGGCAUCGGACAUCUCGCAGAGGCUCGCCGAGACACCCUCAGACAGCAGAAAGGAUCCGCCUGGCCAUUGCCCUGCUCCUCAGGAGCACCUGCGCAGACUAGAUUGUGCAAAGUUGCACACCCUACGUGCAAAGCACAUUCCCACCUCCCCUGGGAACAGCGCAGUGUGUGUGCAGGUGGGCCCUGCGCACAGCCCAAAACAUUGCCCCGUGUUGGGGGGAGGCUGCCAUAGACAGCCUCCAGUUGCUCGUGGGCGACAGGAAUCCGAACUUUUGCUCAAUCUUCGGGCACGGAACAGAUGCCCUGAACCCAUUCUCCCAUUCUGAAUACACCUGGAGAAUAUGAAAGUUACAAGGGGAAGGUUGAUGUUUUCACGCGUGGCCGAACUGGCGACUGCGCUGACAGGAGCGUGACGACGACAUUACAUUUUUAUGCAUAUGGAAAGAUACAUAUCUCUCGAGUGCAUUGAGUUAUCCCAAUCUCUGAGAGGUGCAAGACUCUAGGCCAGGCAUCCCCAAACUGCGGCCCUCCAGAUGUUUUGGCCUACAACUCCCAUGAUCCCUAGCUAGCAGGACCAAUGGUCAGGGAAGAUGGGAAUUGUAGUCCAAAACAUCUGGAGGGCCGAAAAGUUUGGGGAUGCCUGCUCUAGGGGUUUUUGGUACUUCGCCAGGGUUCAGUUUUCAGGGAACGAGGGGCAGACAGCAGAGACGUUGGUGUCUUUAGGAUAAACAAUUUCUUUGCAUACAUAUAUAACAACCUGAGCCUACGAUGGAGGGGCUCAACAGCAUUCACACCCCAAAACGGCCUUGCUUCUCCCAUAGCCAUAGCCUUGCAUCCCAGCAGAAAUCAGGCCUGGCGCUGGCUUUUGUCCUUCUAGCUACCGGCCACCUGUUUGCCCUCUGGCACAGAGCUCCUUUCUGAUGGUAAGAGCUGUUGGAAAGGGGGGGGGACAGUCUUCGUCAGAUGGUGGCAGAUAAAGAAAUAUUGGAAUAUGAUACAUGACGAAAUUUAAAAAUUGAUAAAAACAGCACACAGUAAAAGACCUGGAUCUUACUUACUAGGAAUUUUGAACAGAGGCAUCCCAAGUGAGAAAGUUAACAUCUUUCUAUACGCAACAACUGCAGCGAGAGUGUUGAUGGCUCAACAUUGGAAAGAGAAUUGCAUUCCGACUAAUGAGGAACGGUUGAUUAAAUUAUGUGAAUAUUUAGACUUAGCAAAGUUGACUGACUGGGUAAGACCAAAACAUAUAAUUCAGGAUCAGAGGAAAUCCUCUUUUCUUAUUUCUUUCUUUAAUUUGCUCCUUUUUUUUCUUUUCUUUUUCUACCUUUCCUUCUUUUUACUUUGUUUUGUUUCUUCUUUCUUUUCUUUCUUUUUUCUAUCUUUCCUUUCUUAUUAAAAUGAAAAAUGUGUUUAUAAGUAAUGAGUGUGUAUGUAUGUGUUAAUUCGUAAGAUUUUGCGGGUGUUUUGUAUGUGUUUUGUAAUAAUUAGGUAUAAUAAAUUAAUUUUUUUUAAAAAAAGAAAAAAGAUGGUGGCAGACUCUCCUUCCUUGGAGGUUUCUAAGCAGAGGUUGGGUGGCCAUCUGCCAUGGAUGCUUUAGCCGAGGUUCCUGCAUUGCAAGGGGUUGGACUGGAUGACCCCUGGGGGGCCCUGCAAACUCUACGGUUCUCUGUUUCUGUGUGCAAACAGAGCGAGUCCAGGCAAGUCUCGACAUUGCCAGGAAACCCAAUAAAUUCCAAACUGUUUCUUUCAACCCCACCCCGAAAACAAAUAUAUUUUGCAGAAUUGUACUCUGCUGUGUCCUGUAAGCAAAGGCAAACUGGUCCGACCUGACAGCUGCUGACGGAUGAUGUGGCAGCCGCGAAGGUGAUCGUGAUCCCAGAGUUGGGGUUGGGGCCCUUCAGGAGAAAGCACCAAGCAGGGGUGGUGAGCCGAGAGAGGCAGGAGCAUAAGAAGAGCUUGGCUGCAGGAUCGGGCCAAAUUGGGCCCAUCCAGUCCAGCAUUGUUGCCCCAAUGGGAAACCCGCACACACCGUGGCAACUGGCCACCUGUAGCCCUGUCCACGAAUCUGGACAGGGGAAAAGAAGGAAAAGUAGAAAAAGAAAAAAGCCAAUGCAAUUCUGGGCUGCAUCAAUAGGAGUAUAGCGUCUAGAUCGAGGGAAGUAAUAGUACCACUGUAUUCUGCUCUGGUCAGACCUCACCUGGAGUA